AAUUGAUUCAUCAACAGACUGUGGAGCUCUUCACAAACUGUCCUGCUCUUCGUGCUCUUACGAUUGACCUGCCGGCAUGACGGAGGAACUAUAUGCAAGUCCGAUCAGCCAGCCGUCGCGCGCCGUCUAUUGGCUCUGCAAGCUGAACAACCAUCCGAUCGAGUACAAGUACACAAACCCGGCCAAGGGAGAAACUCGCACGGAGACGUUCCUUCAGCUGAGCCCCAUUGGCAAGAUUCCAGUACUCAAGGAUGGGGAAUUCGUCCUUACCGAGAGCCAUGCGAUCAUGCUCUAUCUUGCAGACAAGCACGGGUGGGAAUCAUGGUGCCCCAAGGACCUCAAGAUCCGUGCUCGUAUCCAGGAGUACACUAAUUGGCACCACCUCAACACGCGCCGCAGCUCGGAGAUCUUCUUCAACCAGUUGAUGCUCAACAUCGGCCGCGGUACACCUGCUAUGGAGGCCAUGCUCCAGAAGAAGCACAAGAUCAUCUCGGACAUGUUUCGCAUUCUUGAGUUCUGGCUGCGUCAUGGCAACCUCUACCUGGUGAGCAAUACCAAGCCGACGGUUGUCGACCUAUCGUGCUACAACGAAGUGGUGCAGCUCGAGGUCAUGGGACUACUCACCGACGUGCAGAAGGACUUCCCCAAGGUCGCAGCGUGGCUCAAGCGCAUGAAGGAUAUCCCGUACCAUGACGAGAUGCUGGCGCCCAUGGGCAAAUUCUUCCGCAAGUUCAAGCUCUCGGCCAACAUGUAACAACAUGUAACUUGUCCAAGUUGAGCUGCUCUAUGGGCAUUUUUUCUGUGUGAUUUUCAACCAACCAAUUUGCUUAAAAUUUAAUCAAACUAUCUUUGAUUGGUCGA